AGUUGAGACUAAUUCUAUUGGCUAUGAUGGGCGUCGACAGAAGUCACGAACCAGGUCUCCUGUGGAUCAUGAAGGGAGAUUAAGAGAGUUUAAGAGUUAUUCAAGGUCAUAUCUUGGUGCUGCUGAAGAGAGCCGCAUGGACAAUGCAUACCCUCUAGUUGGCAGCAGCAAUGGAGGUGGUACACUUCCCAGGUCAAUUGACUCGUAUGGAAAGAGUCUUGGCAUUGGAGAAGACUACAGGUCACAAGAUUCAUCAAGGUUGGGCAUUUUGGAAGGUGAUGAAUCCUCUCAUCAAGGAUAUUCUAGAGGGAGCAGGAUGCUGGACCACCAUCCUGCUUCACUUGGACACCCCAUUUCUGACCAUUAUGAUGCACAGCAAUCCUUCCAUGCAAGAAAGAAGGAUGUGGACGAUCAAGGUUAUGGAAGUGCUCAACCUAAGUAUGAAAGGGAAAUUUAUCAUGGCCUCCAAAGUUCCAGAGUAGGAGAGCAUGAUCAUGAUCUUGAGAUAGCUCGUGGUCCUCGGUCUCAUCACAGGCGAUCAGAUGUAUUACCAUCUAGAGAAUAUGAUCCACUCUUAGAUGAUACUGAUGGUGGAUCUCAGGAGAAAUUGGUCUUGGGGAAUAUGAAUUUGUCUAAACCGUCCAAGAACAGGCUCAAGCGGAAACAUGCAGAAAAGCAAUUCAUUCAGCAUGGAAGUACGAGUUAUGAUCUAGUGGAUGCCGGUGAACCUUGGGAUGAUAAUGUGGAUUCAAACAUACCUUCAAGGAGUUUGAAAGUGGGUAACUCCAGAUAUGGGAAGUCUAGAAGGACAUUAAAUAUGACAGCCCACCGUCAGUCACCCUCUGGCACAAAUACAUUCUCUUCAUCCGUUCAUACAAGAAAAACCCAGAUUUCUGGCCCUAGAGAUAUAAAGAAACGGCUUGGGCCAGUUGCUGAGAAAGUUCAUGUUUCCCAACGUCUAGCAAAGAAGUACAAGCCUUCACUAAGAAAACGGUUAGGACCUGGUCCUCAAAAGAAUCGUGUUACUCUCCCAUGGCUGAAGAAUCUGAAUGCUGCCAAUCUGCCAAGAAUUCAAGAUGGUUCAGUUGGAAGUGAUCAUGAUCAAGGGGAAGAUCCCCAGGCAGAAAAUGUUACUCCUGCAAAGCCCGAACCUCCUGAAAUGUCCGAGGAUUUUAAACAGCUGGUGAAUAUUGCAUUCUUCAAGUUUGUCAAACAAUUGAAUGAUACUCCGGCUAAAAGAAGAAAAUACAAGGAGCGGGCAAUUUCUGGUAGUUUGAAGUGCAUCGUGUGCCGCAGCCAGGAAGAGUUUGUUGGCACAGAGGGUUUGGCAACACAUGUAUUCACAUCUCAAGAAAUUGGCUUAAGAUCGCGUCACUUGGGUUUUCAUAAAGCACUUUGUGCACUUAUGGGAUGGAAGAGUGCAGAGAAGCCAAAUGUUACAUGGUCACCUGAAAAGUUGUCUGAUGUGGAAAAUUUAACACUAAAGGAAGACCUCAUUUUGUGGCCUCCAGUGGUGAUUAUCCACAACAGUACCAUUGGAAAUAAGAGCCCUGAUCAGCAAGUUAUUAUAUCUAUUGAAGAAUUUGAAACUAAACUAAGAGAAAUGGGCUUUGGAGACGGGACUAAGGUGUACCGUGGAAAACCUGCAAAUCAAAGUGUUUUGGUGGUUGAGUUUGCUGGUCGGCUGUCGGGGUUGCAAGAGGCUGAGAGGCUUCACGAGGUUUAUGCUGGAAACGAUCAUGGGAGGGCCGAGUUAUUGCGGAUCAACCAGAAUGGGGAAACAGUAUCUGCACCAGUGAACAAUAUGGAAAAUAUUCUGUAUGGUUACCUGGGGAUUGCAGAAGAUCUGGAUAAGCUGGAUUUUGAUGCCAAAAGACGUCGUGUCGUGAAGAGCAGGAAAGCAAUUAAGGAUAUUGCAGAGGCUUCCAUAAAGACACAAUGACGAAGCAAUCAAGUGCAGGGAUGUUUUAGGGGGUGUGAACGUGUAGUUCAACUCGUUUUCAUUCGUUUUGUUGCUUGUCGCCAGUGCUGCUUUCUUAUAUGCAGUUACUCUUUUUGGGAUGAUGAUGAUGAUGAGGAUGAAAGUUGAUGGAUCUUUUGACUUGGCAAUUUAGAACAUCACCUCAAAUUGGAUGGAACUUUUGGAUACUCUAGUUACUAUUUUAAGUUUAAUCGUGGAGAAAAGGGUCUUUACUGCAAACUUUCUGGUUCAUUAACUUAUAGUACUCAGAUGCUUUCGAUUUAGCAUUU